AUGACUUUAUCUAAGUUCCAAAUCAAAGCAGGCCUAGCACAAAUGCUUAAAAAUGGUGUUAUAAUGGAUGUGACAACGCCAGAAGAGGCAAUAAUUGCCGAAAGAGCUGGUGCAGUUGCCGUCAUGGCAUUAGAACGAGUUCCCGCUGAUAUUAGAAAGGAAAAUGGUGUUGCGAGGAUGUCAGACCCACAGAUGAUCAAAAAGAUUAUGGACUCAGUUUCCAUACCGGUAAUGGCAAAGGUCAGGAUUGGCCAUUUUGUUGAGGCCGAAUUGUUAGAGGAGUUGGCAGUUGACUACAUCGAUGAAAGUGAGGUUUUAAGCGUUGCAGACAGAUUCGACCAUAUCAAUAAAACUGAUUUCAAGGUGCCAUUUGUUUGUGGAUCAAAGAACUUGGGUGAAACAAUGAGAAGAAUUGAAGAAGGGGCAGCAAUGAUCAGAACUAAGGGUGAGGCUGGGACUGGGGACAUCAGUGAGGCCAUCUACCACAUCAAGCUGAUCAACAAGGAGCUCGAAGACAUGAUGUUGAAGUUUGGUGGUUUAAAAAAAGUGACUGGAGAGCUAGUUGAAUUCGCCAAACUCCACAGAGUCAAACCUGAGACCGUGAUGGCUAUAAUCGAAAACAACGGAAAAUUGCCCGUGGUUAACUUUGCAGCGGGCGGCAUUGCCACUCCUGCAGAUGCAGCUAUCUGCAUGAAGCUCGGAUGUGAAGGAGUUUUUGUUGGGAGCGGUAUUUUCAAAAGUGAGAAUCCUGAACUUGUUGCCAGAGCAAUUGUCAACGCCGUGAACCACUAUGAUGAUAGUAAGGAGUUGCUGAAAAGCAGCACAGGCUUAGGAAAGUGCAUGUUUGGUGUCAACAUAUCUACGUUGAGACAGGAAGAGAAAUUGUCUAGCAGAGGUUGGUGA